GUAAUCUCGCGAAGUUAGCGAAAUGUGUACUGAACGGAAGCCGCCAUAGGCCAAUUUCAGUCGGCGUGCUCAUUUGAACAAGAAGAACCGCUGCGAAGCACGGGAGAAAGCGGCCUAGUACUGAUAAUUCAACUUUCCAGUCAAUAUUGAUGGAGUGGCAGCCAGAUGAGCAGGGACUUCAGCAGGUCCUCCAACUGCUCAAAGACUCGCAGUCGCCCAACACAGUCACGCAGAGAGCUGUCCAACAAAAACUUGAACAACUCAACCAGUUCCCUGACUUCAACAACUAUCUCAUCUUUGUCCUGACACGACUCAAAACUGAAGACGAGCCGACUCGCUCUCUGAGCGGUCUGAUACUGAAGAACAAUGUCAAAGCCCACUACCAGAACUUCCCUUCAACUGUCGCUGACUUCAUCAAGCAGGAAUGUCUCAACAACAUCGGUGACCCCUCGCCGCUCAUCCGUGCCACCAUUGGCAUCCUAAUCACUACUAUCGCUUCCAAGGGAGAGCUACAAACAUGGCCGGAGUUGCUGCCUCAGCUCUGCAACUUGCUCAACUCAGAGGACUACAACACCUGCGAGGGCUCGUUUGGAGCACUGCAGAAGAUCUGCGAGGACUCGUCGGAGCUGCUGGACAGUGACGCUCUGAACAGACCACUCAACAUUAUGAUUCCUAAAUUCCUUCAGUUCUUCAAGCACUGCAGCCCCAAAAUUAGGUCUCAUGCCAUAGCUUGUGUGAACCAGUUCAUCAUUGGCAGAGCCCAGGCUCUAAUGGACAACAUUGACACCUUCAUAGAGAGCCUGUUUGCGCUGGCAGCAGAUGAGGACUCUGAGGUUCGUAAGAACGUGUGUCGAGCCCUGGUCAUGUUACUGGAAGUCCGCAUUGACCGCCUCAUCCCCCACAUGCACAGCAUCAUCCAGUACAUGCUGCAGAGAACCCAGGACCCUGAUGAGAACGUGGCUCUAGAGGCCUGCGAGUUUUGGCUGACUCUAGCAGAGCAGCCCAUCUGUAAGGAGAUGCUGUCUGGACACCUGGUGCAACUGAUACCUAUCUUGGUAAAUGGAAUGAAGUAUUCUGAGAUAGACAUCAUACUGUUAAAGGGUGAUGUCGAGGAGGACGAGGCAGUUCCAGAUAGUGAUCAGGACAUCAAGCCCCGUUUCCACAAGUCACGCACUGUCACCUUGCAGCAUGAAGGAGGGGAGGACGAGGAGGGUGAGGACAUCGAAGAAGAAGAUGACGAUGAUGAUGACACACUGUCUGACUGGAACCUGCGAAAGUGUUCAGCCGCCGCCCUGGAUGUCCUGGCCAACGUGUUCCGUGAUGAGCUGCUGCCUCACCUCCUGCCGCUCCUGAAAGGCCUGCUCUUCCACCCGGACUGGGUCAUCAAGGAGUCUGGCAUCCUAGUGUUGGGAGCCAUAGCUGAGGGUUGCAUGCAGGGCAUGGUGCCCUACCUGCCAGAGCUGAUCCCCCAUCUUAUCCAGUGUCUGUGUGACAAAAAGGCCCUGGUGCGUUCCAUUGCCUGCUGGACCCUGAGUCGUUAUGCACAUUGGGUGGUUUCUCAGCCCCCCGACUCCUACCUCAAACCUCUGAUGACAGAGCUUCUCAAACGCAUCUUGGACGGCAACAAGAGGGUGCAGGAGGCCGCCUGCAGUGCGUUUGCCACCCUGGAGGAGGAGGCGUGCACAGAGCUGGUUCCUUACCUGAGCUUUAUCCUGGACACGCUGGUGUUUGCAUUUGGAAAGUACCAGCAUAAGAAUCUCCUCAUUCUCUACGAUGCCAUAGGGACUCUGGCUGACUCAGUGGGUCACCACCUCAACCAGCCUGAGUACAUUCAGAAGUUGAUGCCUCCCCUUAUUGCAAAGUGGAAUGAACUAAAAGACGAAGACAAAGAUCUUUUCCCACUACUAGAGUGUCUGUCGUCAGUAGCCACAGCCCUGCAGAGUGGGUUCCUGCCUUACUGUGAGCCUGUCUAUCAGCGCUGUGUCACACUGGUCCAGAAGACACUAGCUCAGGCUAUGAUGUACAACCAGCAUCCAGACCAGUACGAGGCUCCUGACAAGGACUUUAUGAUAGUCGCUUUGGAUCUGCUGAGCGGCCUGGCUGAGGGUUUAGGGGGUCAUGUGGAACAGCUAGUGGCCCGCUCUAACAUCAUGACCUUGCUUUUCCAGUGCAUGCAGGAUACUAUGCCUGAGGUGAGGCAAAGCUCUUUCGCUCUGCUGGGUGAUUUAACAAAGGCGUGCUUCCUCCAUGUUAAACCCUGCAUUGCUGAGUUCAUGCCCAUCCUGGGGCUCAACCUGAACCCAGAGUUUAUCUCUGUGUGUAACAAUGCCACUUGGGCCAUUGGAGAGAUCUCCAUGCAAAUGGGCACAAGUUUCAAGCCGCAAACAAGGGAUUGUCCUGGUGCAGAGAUGCAGCCUUAUGUGGGCAUGGUUCUGCCACAUCUGGUGGAGAUCAUCAAUAGACCAAACACACCCAAAACUCUGCUGGAAAACACAGCCAUUACGAUUGGCAGACUAGGUUACGUCUGUCCCCAGGAAGUGGCACCACAGCUGCAACAGUUCAUUAGGCCAUGGUGCACAUCAUUGAGAAACAUCAGAGAUAACGAAGAGAAGGACUCUGCCUUCCGAGGAAUCUGUGUGAUGAUCGGUGUCAACCCUGCAGGAGUGGUGCAGGACUUCAUUUUCUUCUGUGAUGCUGUGGCCUCCUGGGUCAACCCCAAGGAUGACCUGAGAGACAUGUUUUAUAAGAUCUUGCAUGGUUUCAAGGACCAGGUCGGAGAAGAGAACUGGCAGCAGUUCUCUGAGCAGUUUCCUCCCCUGUUGAAGGAACGCCUCUCAGCCUGCUAUGGUGUCUAACCCAACCACCCCACUGGUCCACACAGGACACCAACCAGUUAGGUCAAUGUAGGGGAGGGUUACUGGGGAACUCAUUGCACUGCCCAGAUUGUGGGGAGUAACGAAAGCUGGAGGGAUGUGACUGGCCUUGAUCCUGCACUCAGCGGAGGGCCCCCUUUCCGCCUGCGCCCUGUGUGUCUCUGAGGGUGGGGAGGGUGGGUGUGGGAGGGAAAACUGGGGAUAUACAUAUACCUCUCGGAUUAAAUGCCUCACUGAAUCCAACACACUCUUAAGACUUUCACCAACAGUAAUGCAGGGAUCCUAGGUAGGUGAGGACAAAAUUUGGGGCUGGCUUUGAGCUCCCCUCCUCAAUUUGAUUAUUCUGUUAAGAUAAGUGACGGCUGGGAGGCGAGAGGAGGGCGGUUGCCAGAUAGGUACAUAAAGAGGAAUUAUCUGAACCAGCAUAGGAUGCCACAGUCCCAAAUGCCACGAUGCACGUGGUCUGUAGAAUGGCUCGCACACGCAGAUGUGUUUGAACAGGCUCGUGCCAGAGGCUAAACAAAACAAAAAAAACAAAAAACGCUUUUACUAUGUAACUGCAGGAAAUGUGCACAGUUUUUUUUUUUUUUGGUUUGUUUUUUUGCACCUUUUAUGGCGAAAUUGCAAAAAUCAUUUGGUGUGUGCAUAUACAUGGAUCUUAUUCUCUUUUCUCAUGUACAUUCAGCUGAAUUUAAUUUCCUUCCUCUUCCCGUGGUUGCUGAAGUCCUGUUGAGUCAUAGACUUCUGUCUUUUUUGGGCCCCCCCUCCUCCUCAUUUGAGGCCGGAAAAAUAAAAAAAGAUGCAGUAGGUCUGUCCUCUAAGGUUUUACCACCACAGUACCAAGUUCAAGUUAUUGCAUGGCAUAUGAUCACCUCUUAAGUGACGCAUGUUUGAGUGAAUGUCUGUCUUGUUGCUCACUUGAUUUAGUACACAUAUUGUCUGUAUGGGGAGGCUGCCAUAAAUUGAAGCUGUCAGUGCUUGGUUCUUUUGUCCUCCCCUUCAUACAUAUUUUUCAAUCGGUGUCUCUAGAGUUUAAUGGAGGCUGUUUGUGAAGGCCAACUGUAGGUAGCUUAAAACAGGAACCAGCUCAUGUCUGAUUGUUUCGGAGAGAAUCACUCACUGCAACAAGAGUUAAAAUACUGUAGGCAAGUUGAGAAUCCUUUUUGCUGCUGCUGCUUCGUUUUUAAGAGUAUUUACAAAACGGACUUAAUGAGAGCGAUAAGACAUCACCAAGAAUGAAUUGGUUCUUACUGAUAUAAAUGCACUUUUUUUUUCUUUUGUAAGAAAUUUAGAAUUUCAAAUGUAAGACGUACAGUAAUAAUAUGCUGAUCUUGAGACAUAGUUUUUUUUGAUAAGUGAUUUUAGGACUGUUAAUGGCUUGCUAAAGUAAGCAUAAUGAUAAUGUUAAGCAAUGGUAAAAUGACUAGGGUAAGACUUGAGGCCUCUUAACAUAGUUUUAUAACGUAGCUCCUUCUGAAAUGGAUUGAAUAGGAUUAAGAGGGAGCCAUCUUAAUUACAGUAUUUUGGAUCCAUGUCCCAGUGCGCCUGCCAAUCCAUACCUGUGUUUCGAGUAUGUCUUUAUCAUCAAAGCUUUUUGUUAAAUGAUGGCUACUUGAGCUGUCGAGGCUUCUCCUUGUCAUGAACAUUGCAUGCUUUUCAAUAGUCUUGCUCCUCUUUUUUUUAGUCAUUUUAUAACUGGUCCCUUUUUGAGGGGAUCUACCCUGUAAAAGCUUUGUCAAUGGCACUCGCAACUCCCUGCUGGACCAAUAGGGUAUUUUUCCAGCUUAUGGUCAAACUAGUGAUUGCCUUUGCCAUAUAUUCACCCGUCGAUACUGUGUAGGAUAUGCCUGGGAAUACACUGACUGAGUCCUAACAGUUCUCCCCUGACACUGGUUAGCUUAUGUGAGAGUGUGGUGGUCUUUAUCCAGCUUUAUCUUUUAGUCAUUGUCCAUAGUGGACGGUUGUAAUUCAAGUGUGUAUGGCUGUUUGCCUGUUGGUGUUUCACUAUUAAAGUGUGUACGCAAGUACUGCUUAGGUGUAAAUUUGCACCAGCCCUACAAAUAAUAAGUUAUGUUUGGGGUUUAGUUUGAGUCAUGCCUGAAUUGAUGUGGCCAUCGGGAGUAUCAACAUUUACCUGCCAGUCAGCAUCAGUUUGAUCAUCAGGUUGCUCCAGUUUAUUAAGAUGAAGACCAUCACAAAACACCAAAAUGUUUGAAUAACAGCUCACAUCAAUAGAUUGUGGUAUGUAAGAAUUGAUGUUAUUUUUUCCUCCACCAAUGUGACGUUGAAGUUUUGUUUUUCUUUUUUUUUUCUUCUUUUUUUUUCUGUAGCACAAGUGUUAGCGAUGUGUGCAAGCAUUAAGAUAUGAAUUGGUCACAGGCUGCACAUUCGUUCUUGCAGCAGCAUGUGGUAAAGCAUUGGAUGCAGAGAUGUUUCAGAAAAAUGCAGCUCCUGUGCAUCAGACAGUCUGUGAAAAGUUGAGGCUUCACCACUCCUCGCUAUGUUGUGAUACACUAAGCUAUUUUCAGAAGUAAAUUUAAAGGCAAGUUUGUUUUUUUAUCUUUUUUUUUUAUUUUGAUGCUCAUGUGACAGUUUUUUUUAUUUAUUUUGUUUUUUUAUUUAGUUUUAUUUUUAUUUAUUUUGUUUUUAUUUUGUUAUAUUUUUUUGUGCUCCAGUGCACAAAUUGUUUUGGACUUUAAAAGUUGUUUUUUUUUUCUUUUUAUUCUUUUUAUUUAAAGAAUGAUUUUGUUUUCGUUGUUUUAUAGCGGACCAUUAUGAUAUUUGAUUAUGUCAAAUUUGAUAUUGUGGUUGGACUGAAGGAGAGUCGGUGCUCAGUGCAUACCUUAGGGAAGAAUGUGGAAAACUAAUUCAUAACUUUGUUUCAAUCUGAUAUCAAGGCUGGCAGUUGAAUUUGAUGUAGUACCUCUUUUUUUUUUCUUUGCUCAACUGUGGUGCAGGUGGGAUGUUAUCUGAUGUAUCCCUUUUUAUUUAAUUUUUGUGAAUAGGGGAAAAUAAAUUUCUUUUCUAUUAAA